UGCUGGUGACUCAGCCGCGCCCGCGUCUCUCACCUGCGCGGGCCAGACGGCGGAAGCUUGGGAGCAGAGGCGAAACCUGUCCGCCCGUGGGCGUGGCCGGUGAUGGGCGGGCCCGCCCGGCCUCCCGCCCUUCGUCCCGCCCCGGGGCCCCUACCCCGCGGUCCCGCGGCCCCGCCCGCCUCCGCCUCCGGCUCCCCGCACUCUCCGGGUCCACGCGUCGUCCUCCCGCGCGCCCGCCCGCCCAUGGCCGGGAAGGUGCGGUCACUGCUGCCGCCGCUGCUGCUGGCCGCCGCGGGCCUCGCCGGCCUCCUACUGCUGUGCGUCCCCACCCGCGACGUCCGGGAGCCGCCCGCCCUCAAGUAUGGCAUCGUCCUGGACGCUGGUUCUUCACACACGUCCAUGUUUAUCUACAAGUGGCCGGCAGACAAGGAGAACGACACAGGCAUUGUGGGCCAGCAUAGCUCCUGUGAUGUUCCAGGUGGGGGCAUCUCCAGCUAUGCAGACAACCCUUCUGGGGCCGGCCAGAGUCUUGUUGGAUGCCUUGAACAGGCGCUUCAGGAUGUGCCCAAAGAGAGACAUGCGGGCACACCCCUCUACCUGGGAGCCACAGCGGGUAUGCGCCUGCUCAACCUGACCAAUCCAGAGGCCUCGACCAGUGUACUCACGGCAGUGACUCACACACUGACCCAGUACCCCUUUGACUUCCGGGGUGCACACAUCCUCUCGGGCCAGGAAGAGGGGGUGUUUGGCUGGGUGACUGCCAACUACCUGCUGGAGAACUUCAUCAAGUACGGCUGGGUGGGCCGGUGGUUCCGGCCAUGGAAGGGGACACUGGGGGCCAUGGACCUGGGGGGUGCCUCUACCCAGAUCACCUUUGAGACAACCAGUCCAGCUGAGGACAGAGCCAGCGAGGUCCAGCUGCAUCUCUACGGCCAGCACUACCGAGUCUACACCCACAGCUUCCUCUGCUAUGGCCGUGACCAGGUCCUCCAGAGGCUGUUGGCCAGCGCCCUCCAGACCCACGGCUCCCACCCCUGCUGGCCGAGGGGCUUUUCCACCCAAGUGCUGCUCGGGGAUGUGUACCAGUCACCAUGCACCAUGGCCCAGCGGCCCCAGACCUUCAACAGCAGUGCCAGGGUCAGCCUGUCAGGGAGCAGUGACCCCCACCUCUGCCGAGAUCUGGUUUCUGGGCUCUUCAGCUUCUCCUCCUGCUCCUUCUCCCGAUGCUCUUUCAAUGGGGUCUUCCAGCCCCCAGUGGCUGGGAACUUUGUCGCCUUCUCUGCCUUCUUCUACACUGUGGACUUUUUGCGGACUUCGAUGGGGCUGCCCGUGGCCACCCUGCAGCAGCUGGAGGCAGCCGCAGUGAAUGUCUGCAACCAGACCUGGGCUCAGCUGCAAGCUCGGGUGCCAGGGCAACGGGCCCGCCUGGCCGACUACUGCGCCGGGGCCAUGUUCGUGCAGCAGCUGCUGAGUCGCGGCUACGGCUUCGACGAGCGCUCCUUCGGCGGCGUGAUCUUCCAGAAGAAGGCCGCGGACACUGCAGUGGGCUGGGCGCUCGGCUACAUGCUGAACCUGACCAACCUGAUCCCCGCCGACCCGCCGGGGCUGCGCAAGGGCACAGACUUCAGCUCCUGGGUCGUCCUCCUGCUGCUCUUCGCCUCCGCGCUCCUGGCUGCGCUUGUCCUGCUGCUGCGUCAGGUGCACUCCGCCAAGCUGCCAAGCACCAUUUAGGGGCCGACGGGGGCAGCUGCCCCAUCCCUCCCCCAACCCCUGUAUCCCCACCCCGUACUCCCACCCCUCCGACAACCGCUGUACCCCCCACCCCUCCGACAACCGCUGUACCCCCCACCCCUGUAUCCCCCCACCCCUCCACUCACCCCUCUCCCAACCUCUCUCCCCACCCCUGUAUCCUGCGUUCCUCCACCCACCCUCUAUCCCCCACCGCUCCACCCCACCACUGUAUUCUCCAUCCUUCCACCCCACCCUCAGCGUCUCUGCCCCUAAGGCAGCCCAGGAAAUGGGAACUGAGACUCUGGUACCCGCAGGAGCCUGGGUGGGCAAAAAGCGCUCAAUCCAUCUCCUUGAACCCCCCCAGCCUGCUUCAGCCUGGGCAUCACUGCAGGCCCCGUGCUCCUCCUCCUCCUCCUCAGGGCUGGGUCUCCAGAGAGUGGGGCCUUGGUCCUGAGAAUCAGCCCUUAGAGGCUCCCUCUGUGGAGUCUGGGUCUGUACUGGGGAGGGUCACAGCCCACGGGCUGGCAGCCAGCCCAGCACCUACUUGUAAAAAUUUUGUAAUAAAAAGUUUUUCCUAGA